AUGACUCAAGAAACAAAGAGGCUCACCGAGCCAGAUCCAAUCUUGACGGGAAUUCUAACGAGUCCCGCGUCCGAGAAAGGGAACGAAAAUAACAACGAGCAAACCUCAGUACCAAUAUCACAGAGACAGAGAGAUCCUGAGAUCGAAAGAGCAAACACAAUUUCUGGACCGCCCGAUGGAGGAUUACAGGCCUGGUUGCAAGUUGUUGGCGGCUUCAUGCUGUUCUUCAACACUUGGGGUCUCCUCAACACCUUCGCAGUAUACCAAACAUACUACGAAUCAGGGGCACUCUUCACCAAAUCCUCAUCUGAUAUCUCGUGGAUUGGGUCUCUCCAAUCUUUCCUGCUCCCUCUUGUCGGUGCUGUUGCUGGACCGAUUUACGACCGAGGUUACCUGAGACCACUGCUUGUCGUGGGAAGCUUCCUGGUCGUCUUUGGCCACAUGAUGCUCAGUCUCUGCAACUCAUACUGGGAAGUCAUUCUGGCUCAAGGCUUCUGCAUAGGGAUAGGCGCAGGGUGUCUUUUCGUGCCCUGCGUCGCAGUGCUGCCACAAUGGUUCAGCAGCAGACUCGGCAUGGCACUGGGACUGGCCGUCGCCGGGUCAUCCUCUGGCGGGAUUAUCUACCCCAUCGUCCUGUACCGCCUCGUCGAUCAAAUUGGGUUUGGCUGGUCCGUAAGGGUUCUGGGGUUCCUCGCCCUUUGCACACUUCUAUUCCCGGUGUUCUUGUUGAAGAUGCGAGUAAUACCACCCAAGGCCCGAGCUAUCAUUGACUGGUCGGCGUUCGUGGAUGUGCAAUUCAUGUAUUUUGUCGUGGCGCUGCUGAUAGCGUACAUGGGCCUCAUCGUCACUAUCUUCUACCCUCCCUUCUCGGGACUCGACCGACACAUCCUGGACGAUCGCAUGGCAUUUUACGUUGUGCCCAUCUUCAACGCCGGGUCGUGCUUUGGUAGGACGAUCCCCAACAUCCUCUCGGACAGUUUGGGUCCACUCAACCUCCUUGUCCCGGGUGUACUCAUGGUCGGCGUUUUGCUGUUCUGCAUGAUUGCGGCAACGACGGAAGGGUCGUUGAUCGUGGUGAUUAUCCUGCUCGGGUUCUUCAGUGGGGUGAUUAUCGGUCUCCCUCCCCUUGUGUUUGUCUCUUUGGCCAAAGACAAAUCUAAGAUCGGAACGAGGGUAGGGAUGGGCUUCAGUCUGGCUUCGGUUGGAUUUCUCGCCGGUGGACCGGGGGGAGGCAACAUCCUGGGCCAAAACGAGCCGCUAGAUUGGACUGGUCUGUACGUCUACGGUGGCGUCGUGUGUUGUGUUGCUGCUGUCAUGCUGACUGGGCUGCGAUGUUAUCGAACGGGCUUCCAGGUAUUUGUGAAAGCUUGA